CGCCAAACCCCGCCACCGCAUGGAGUAGCACAAUGGCCGUCGAUGGAGCGAGUGCGCAACACCUGGACCGCGACGAGCUGCGCCGCGGCCUGGUCACCAGCUCCACCAAGCGCCGCAUCCACGAGCUGGCGGGCCUGCAGCACCAGGUAGAAGGCGACUCCCUCGUGCCGCCCGACCUGCGCAUCCUGCUCGAGCUGCUGUUCGAAACGUACCCACUCUACGACGACCGCGACUCGCGAUAUGCUGUCGAACGGGUCCUCCGGUCCCUCGUAACCAGCACCCAUGGCAGUCUGGUGCUGUCCGCAGUGGUCCAGUUCCUGAAGAAAGAGGCUCAGAAGAAGAGCUUGGCAUUGAGCAACGUCAUUGUCUUGGUUGACUGGUGCUCGGUGCUGCUGCAGCACUUUGCCAACGAGCCGGAGCAGUGGGAGAAACAUGGAAUCGACGUCGCGCUUGCCCUCGCGAGCGUAUUGGAGCUUUGCAUGGGCAUUGAGGACAAGCGGCGAGGUGCGCGCAUCCACCACUCGGCCCUCGUGUCGACCCGCCGCGCAUUGCGUCCUCUGUUCCGCGCAAAGGACAUCGGAGAAGAUGCCUUGAGCAAGCUGGUCACCACGCUUACCGCCAAGGGCGCGACCUCGACGGCUGGAAACGCCGUCCUGCUCGGGGCCAUUGCCGGAGUCUCAGCGCGCCUGCCGACCGUCAAGCCGUUGUUGGAGGCCCGCAAACAGGAAUACUACUCCUUCUACGUGCGAGAAAUCGUCGGAUCGCGGUCUCAGUUGCCCAACCACAUAUCACAUGCCUUCCACGACUUCUUCGAGAGCUUCACGACGCUCGACGAGCUAAACAAGGAGAUUAUCCCCCCAAUCGAGAAGGCACUACUCCGCGCCCCCGAAGUUGUUUUGAACGACGUCGUCACGCCCAUGAUAUUGGCUCUGCCUGAAGACCUCGAUCUCUCCAAUGUGCUGCUGGGCAACCUCCUCAAACCCCUGCUUUCGAACGUCAAGUCCACAAACCCCACCAUUCGCGCAGGUGCCCUUCGCACCUUCCAAGCUCUUGCUUCGCGAUCUCAAGGCGAGGCGGAGAUUGCCAAGGUCACAGACGAGGUCCUCAAUCCACUGAAGCAGGGCAAAGUCAGUGGAGUCGACCAGAAAGUACUUCAUGCCCAGAUGCUGAGCGCACUUCCCGAGUCUACUGCAUUGUCCCAGAGGAUACCCGUUGCGAUGGCGCCAGUAGCUCUCAAGGAGCCGAACGAAGCCGCCGUGGUCGCGGAGGUCACAGCCCUUGUCAAGCACCUCAAGUUCGGUCUCGCGAAUGGUAUCGCCCUGGAGAAAUCCGUACUGGAUGCCUUCAUCAAGGGGAUGGCUGACAAGAAGAUACCGACUCGGCGGCUUUGGGCUCUUCGCACCGCAGACCUGUUGUGGGAACUGACUCCUCAGCAACUAGAACAGAAGGACAUAGUCUCUUUCUACCACGCUGCGCUCCCAAAGUUGGUUGACAUCUGGCAAGAGGUCAAUGCCAAUCCUGUCCCAGCUACUCAAAGCGGAUUGGUAACAGUAGGGCACCAUGUGACCGCUCUAUUAGCAAGCAAAGUCCAGUCUUCUGGCGAUGCUACACUCAACGGAAUCUACAAGAAGUCUGAUGUUAUUGCUCAGUCCCUCGCAAUCAAGCCUAAGCCUUCGUUCCUGCUCAACCCGCGCGUCUACUCCAAGCUCAGUACUGUAGACGACGUCGAGAUCGCCCUACGUGCCCUGAUUGCUGUCUCGCCCUCGCUCCUUCAAGACAGUACGCCAAUUGAGGCGCGUGAAGCCUGGGCGCAUGCAUUCAUCUUCCUCAUCGUCGCUCAGGGUGUCUCGUCCAAGGCCAAGGCAGCUGCUAAGCUGGCCCUCGAGAAGGCGUAUGUGCAGAACCCAAGCAAGAUAAGUCGCGUCAUUAUAGACGGACUUUGGUCUUGGUACAGGGCGAACGAAUCGGGCGACAAGGAAAGUCCAGCAGUCGCUGCGAAGUCUGGAGUCAGCGAACUGUACAACGUCCUGACUUCCAUUUGUCUUUCUCCGGAGUCUGUGAAGAAGCACGACGCUAGCAUAGAUGCUGAAGAGCUACGACAACAGAAUGUCAACCUUCUUCUGCUCGCAAGGCCCGAGAUCAUGCCCCGAGUGUCAUGGAUCGACCUCUCUCUGCGGAUGGGUGUUGAUCCGGGUCGACUGGUCCAAGACAAGCUGCAAGAGUGCAUCGAACUCAUCAAUGACGCCACCAUGGAUCCGCAGAACGAUUCUUUCCCAUAUGUCAUCCAAGCAGCGUACAGCGCCUAUACUGAUUUAGCGUUUGUUGCUCCUGAUGCCGCACUGCCAGUCAUUGUCGAUCAAUUCAGCAAAGACCUCGACUCACAACAGCUCGAAUCCGUCGGUCCUACAGAGGCCGCAAUCUUCCGGACACCAGAAGGCACCGCUUAUAUUGAUGUUCUUUCGAAGAAGGCACCCGUCGCCAUCGAUAAGAAUACUAAAGACUACGAUACCCUGAAGUGGGAAGAGGAGCUCCGAACCCAGCUGGCGCAGAAGAAGGGUCAGGCCAAGAAGCUCACUCCUGAUGAGCAGGCCAAGGUCAAGGCCCAGUUGGCUAAGGAAGCUUCCAUCAGACAAGAAGUCGCCGGUAUCGAGCGGAAGAUGAGACGUGGUGUUGGCAUCAUACAAAGUUUGGCAACUGGUCCGCCCACUGAAGCAGAGCAGUGGAUGGGUCCCGCAGUCAACCUUCUCAUACAAGCUAUUCGCGCGGGUGCCGGCUUGUUACUUGGAGAUCUACCUGCGACUGCAUACAUCAAACUUUCCGAGCAAGCCUCGUCCCGCCUGGCCCAAUACAGACCCUUUGUCGGAAUCGCCACGUUGAGGACCAUCGGCUCCAUCCAGUUACCGGCAGAGUACGAAGCCGAAGAUCUAGGGGAUAUGAUCACGCGAGUGCUCUACCGCCUUCGCUUCUUGAGCGACCAACGACCCCUUGAUGCGGUUUCCCUUGCUUACUGUUUCCCGCUCAUCUUUCUCGUUCUCGAGAAAGGUGGCAUUGGUCGUUCAGAGCCUGAAGAGGCCGAUGAACAACUGAUCCUGGCCGUUGAGUUCAUCUCGUUUCAUACGGACUCGUGCACCGACAACCGCCUCCCACGCAAGCAACUCAUCGAGACCUUGAUAGCUUCCAUGCAACACUACAAUCAACAUUAUAAGAUUAUCAAAGACUGCAUCAUGGACUUGGCCAGUGGACUUGCCCCGACCAUCACUGACGAAGAAUUGGGAGCCCUGCUGAAGGGAAUCAUCGUUCCAGAAGUGUCGGUGAGGACGACAGUGCUGCAAGCAAUUGAUGCCGAGCUCGACAUGAAUGAUCAGCCAUUCAGCGAGGAGGUUUGGUUGGCCUGCCAUGAUGAUGUCGAGGAGAACGUCGAGCUAGCGCGCACAAUCUGGGAGGACAAUGAGCUUCAACUAGACGCAAACGUUGCGGCCAAGAUGAUACCGUACCUGGAUUCUCUGGACAAGCAGCUACGACGGGCAGCAGCACGCUCGAUUGGCGAGACCGUGUCUGAAUAUGCGACAAUCUUCCAUGAAACGUUGAAUACCCUCCAGGAGUCAUACAGGGAGAAGGCCAAACCACGGAUGCCCGAGCGAGACGAAUACGGUAUGCCGCGCAAGGUCGAUCUUCGCGAUCCAUGGGAAUCAAGAGACGGCAUUGCGCUUGCGUUCAAAGAGAUGACCUCUUCCUUCAAAGACGAGGAUCUCGUCGAAUUUCUGCAUUUCAUGGUCUACGAUGGCCCUCUUGGCGACAAGAGUGCUACGGUUCGGGACGAAAUGGUCGAGGCUGCUACAUCGGUCAUUACCCAGAAGGCCCAGUCCAAGGUGGAACCACUGAUGGAACUGUUCGAAUCUGCUCUCGAAAGCCCGGAUCGCAAGUCGGAAAUGUAUGACCAAGUCAACGAGGCCGUCAUUAUUCUUUACGGUGCAUUGGGUAGACACUUGCCCAAGGGCGACAAGCGCGUCCCCGAGGUCGUGCAGCGCCUUUUGGCCACCCUCAGCACCCCUUCCGAAACAGUGCAGUACGCUGUCGCCCAAUGCUUGCCGCCAUUGGUCCGAACUUCUGAGCAGGAGCUUCAGACCUACGUCGAACAGAUGUUGGAAACACUGCUACAGUCCAAGAAAUAUCCCGCCCAGCGUGGUGCCGCCUACGGUCUUGCCGGAAUUGUCAGUGGCAAGGGCGUCAGCAUCAUCAAGCAAUACCGAAUCAUGUCCACCCUGCGCAGCGCAACUGAGAACAAGAAAGAGGUUCACCAGCGACAAGGUGCUUUUCUCGCUUACGAGUUGUUCUCCCUCAUCUUGGGACGUGUGUUUGAGCCGUAUGUAAUCCAGCUGGUCCCGCAACUGUUAGCUGGUUUCGGCGACUCAAGCACUGAUGUGCGAGAGGCGUGUUUGGACGCCGCGAAAACCUGCUUCUCCACACUCAGCUCGUACGGUGUCAAGCAAGUUCUACCGACUCUUUUGGAUGGCCUUGAUGAUGAUCAAUGGCGAAGCAAAAAGGGCGCUUGCGACUCACUGGGAGCCAUGGCUUACCUAGAUCCGCAGCAGUUGGCUUUGAGCUUGCCGGACAUCAUUCCGCCUCUAACCACCGUCCUAACUGACAGCCACAAGGAAGUGCGUAACUCUGCGAACCGCAGUCUACAACGCUUCGGUGAAGUCAUCAGCAACCCUGAGGUUAAGAGUGUUGUGAGCAUCUUGCUGAAGGCUCUGAGUGACCCGACCAAGCACACAGACACUGCUCUCGACGCACUCAUUAAGAUUCAAUUCGCUCAUUACCUUGAUGCCCCAUCUCUUGCGCUUGUCGUGCGCAUCCUCGAGCGAGGCUUGGGCGACCGCUCAGCAACCAAGCGCAAGGCAGCCCAGAUCAUCGGCAGUCUUGCCCACCUCACAGAGCGGAAGGAUCUUAUCGCCCAUCUCCCUAUCUUGGUGGCCGGUUUGCGUGUCGCAAUCGUCGACCCUGUUCCCACGACUCGUGCGACCGCGUCCAAAGCUUUGGGUUCGCUCAUGGAGAAGCUUGGAGAAGACGCGCUGCCAGAUCUCAUUCCCAGUCUCAUGGCAACCCUCAAAUCCGAUACCGGAGCUGGAGAUCGUCUGGGAUCCGCUCAAGCUCUUUCCGAAGUGCUUGCGGGAUUGGGUACAGGACGCUUGGAAGAGACCCUCCCGAGCAUUCUGCAAAACGUGUCCAGCAGCAAGCCCUCCGUCCGGGAAGGUUUCAUGUCACUCUUCAUCUUCUUGCCAGCAUGCUUCGGCAACAGUUUUGCCAAUUACCUCAGCAAGAUUAUCCCACCGAUUCUUGGAGGACUCGCCGACGACGUCGAAUCAAUCCGGGAAACCGCAUUGCGUGCUGGUCGACUCUUGGUCAAAAACUUUGCUACUAAGGCCAUUGACCUGCUGCUACCCGAGCUGGAGCGUGGUCUUGCGGAUGACAGUCACCGUAUCCGUCUCAGUUCCGUCGAGCUCGUUGGAGACUUGUUAUUCAACCUCACUGGUAUCAGCGGCAAAGCAGAAGAGGACGACGAGGUCGAAGAGGGUGCCAAGGAAGCAGGCCAGUCUUUGUUGGACGUCCUCGGAGAAGAGAAGCGAAACAAGGUUCUCUCAGCCCUGUACAUCUGCCGCAACGAUAUCUCUGGGCUUGUUCGGUCGGCCGCCAUCAAUGUCUGGAAAGCACUCGUCGCUACUCCGCGCACUUUACGCGAGCUCAUCCCAACCCUCACUCAGCUCAUCAUUCGCCGCCUCGCCAGCUCCAAUAUGGACCAGAAGGUCAUUGCUGGCAACGCACUUGGAGAACUCAUUCGCAAAGCUGGAGACGGUGUACUCGCGACUUUGCUUCCUACUUUGGAAGAAGGCUUACAGUCUACUGAUACAGAUGCAAAGCAGGGUAUUUGCAUGGCCCUCAGGGAGUUGAUCGCAGCCGCGUCACCGGAGCAACUCGAAGACUACGAGAAGACCCUCAUCCAAGUAGUACGAUCCGCGCUCGUUGACCCCAACCUCGAGGUCCGUGAAGCAGCUGCUGAAGCAUUCGAUGCCCUUCAGGAGGUCCUCGGCAAGAAGACGAUCGAUCAAGUUCUACCUCAUUUGUUGGCUCUCCUCCGCAGCGACGAUAAUGCGCAAAACGCUCUCUCGGCGCUUCUUACCUUGCUCACGGAUAACGCUCGAUCCAAUGUCAUCCUACCCAACCUCCUGCCGACCUUGCUCAAGUCGCCUAUGUCUGGUUUCAAUGCCCGGGCUAUCGCAUCUCUUGCUGAGGUCGCUAGUAGCGCCAUGGCUCGACGAUUGCCCAAUGUUCUCAACACCAUCAUGGACAACGUUAUCAGGUGCAAGGAUAAUGACCUUCGGCAAGAGCUUGAGGACGCUUUUGACGCCGUUCUGCUCUCUGUGGACGAGUACGAUGGUCUCAACACAGCUAUGAGCGUCAUGUUGGCAUUGAUGAAGCACGACGAUGAACACAGACGAGCAAAGGCCGACUACCACCUCGCCAAGUUCUUCGAAGAGAGCGAGGUCGACUUCUCUCGAUACUACCCCGACCUCAUCCGCGUCCUGCUCAUCUCCUUCGACGACAGAGACGAGGACGUUGUCAAGGCAGCAUGGACUGCGCUCAACGCCCUUACCAAGCAGCUACGCAAAGAAGAGAUGGAAUCACUCGUCAUCUCCACGCGCCAAUCACUCCAGCAAGUUGGUGUGGCCGGCCAUAACCUCCCGGGCUUCUCUUUGCCGAAGGGCAUCAGUGCCAUUCUGCCGAUCUUCCUACAAGGUCUUAUGAACGGGUCUACAGACCAGCGCACCCAGGCCGCGCUUGCAAUCUCAGACAUCAUCGAGCGCACCGACGCAAAGGCCCUCCAGCCCUUCGUUACGCAGAUCACCGGUCCUCUCAUUCGUGUGGUUACCGAACGUUCUACAGAGGUCAAGGCCGCCAUUCUACUCACGCUCAACAACCUCCUCGAGAAAAUCCCUACAUUCCUCAAGCCGUUCUUGCCGCAGCUUCAACGCACAUUUGCAAAGUCUCUGGCUGAUACAUCUUCCGAAGUUCUGCGUGCUCGUGCGGCUAAGGCACUGGGCACACUCAUCAAGCUCACGCCGAGGGUUGAUCCUCUGAUUGCAGAGUUGGUCGCCGGAUCCAAGACCGCCGACCAGGCAGUCAAGACCGCCAUGCUGAAGGCACUCUUCGAAGUCGUGAGCAAAGCCGGCAAAUCCAUGAAUGAUGCAAGCCGGAACGCCAUCCUGGGCUUGAUCGACACGGACGCGGGCGACGAUGACGACGCGAUGGCCAUCACCCACGCACGUCUUCUGGGCGCACUGAUUGGUGUCUUACCCGCAGAGACCGCCGCCGGCAUCAUCAAGACCCGCGUGCUGACCACGCACUUCAGCAAAGCCUCUGUCCUCACCCUUAACGCCGUCUUGCUCGACUCACCAGACGCACUCAUCAACAACUUCCCCGACGAGACUGUCGAAAUUAUCGCCAAGGGCAUCGGCUCCAGCCAGGACAUCGUACGCGAUAACGCGGUCCUCGCGGCAGGAAAAUACCUGCUUCUCGAGCGCGCCCCCAAAUCUUACGACCACCUACAACCCCUAUUCGCCGCCCUCGCCCCCGUUGUCGCACCCGGCAACCCCAGUGAUACCCGGCGCCUCAGCCUAGUCGUCCUGCGCACCAUCGCGCGCACGCACAACGACCUCAUCCGCCCGCACGUCCCGCUACUAACACCACCCGUUUUCGCCUCCGUGCGCGACCCGGUGAUUCCUGUCAAACUUGCGGCUGAGCAGGCGUUUUUGGCUCUUUUUAGUGUUGUUGACGAAGAGGCGGCCGUGUUUGAUAAGUAUAUUGCGAGUCAUGGGAAGGAACUUGGGCCGGGGCCGCAGAGGAGUAUGUCGGACUAUUUCAAGCGCGUGGCGUUGAGGUUAGCGGGACAGGCGAGGGAACGUAAGGAAGCGGAAGGAGGUGAAGGGGGGCUGGGACUGGCCGGGGACGAGGUCGAGGAUGAGAGGGAGGUGUGGAGUGUGGGGAUGGUGGAGUUGGGGGAUGUGUUCAAGGAGUAGACAUAGAGGGUGAAAAAAGGGUGGUUUAGGGGGCGUAUAGGUUGUAUGUAUUGGGUUC